AUGCCUCCAGUAGAGAAAGAUCACGACUUGAUACCAAUGGCUCCUCCCAAGUCCCCUGAAUCUCCACUUGAAGAUUAUGCCGAAAUCAGCUCUGAGAUAUCUGUAUUUAUCUAUGCUAACUCAUCUCUAUCUAUCAAUAAAUCCACGCAGCAGAUUCCAAACCAAGAGAAGAAGUCUGUAGUUGAUAUUCUUCCUGCCGAGCUCAUUGCAAAUAUUAUGGGGCAUCUUGGUCCUACAUUUGGGGUAAUAUUUGGCCUGACUUGUCAUAGAGUAUAUGAUGAGUACAAGCGUCAGUAUCCACACUCAGAUGCCCUUCUGCUGGAAACUCGUCUAUGGGAUAACAACUCAAAGGAAGACGUUCAGCACCCACUAUAUCGACCAUCCGCUCGACUUCAUGAAUUGCUCGAUGGAUGGAUGGGAAGUGACGACACGACGAAAUACUUCUACUUUCGAGAUCUAGCUCUCGGAUCAUCUGAUAUCUUGAUAUACUGCGCCAUACCAGGAUACUAUGUUGGCAAGUUUCUGCUCCGUGAUAUUUAUGGCGAGGAAGCCGAUCCUUCUGGCCACGCUUUAAGACAGUUGCUUCUGGCAUGGUGCGCCUGCGUUCACAUUCAGAGAGGAUGGCUACAGUUCCGUGGAGAUGAUGAGCAUCCACAAUAUCCUUCUCCACUUAACAUGGGUGGAAAAGCAUGGAUUGAUGAGAUGGUUAGAAUUGUAAAUGUGUACAAGAACAGAGAGCCAGAGGAUAUAUUCAUAUACAUCGUCAGAGUAGCUAUCAAUGUAGCCAACAAGGAGUAUGGACAAGGUUCAUUACUUAUUGAAGCAAGAAGAAAGCAGUUACGGGAACAGCAAAAAAGACUGCGAGAGUAG